AUGUCCCACCCCGGCCGCCUCGAGAACAAAGUCGCCAUAAUCACCGGCGGCGGCCUCGGACUCGGCGAAGGCAUCGCCCGCAAAUUCGUCCACGAAGGCGCCAAAGUCCUCCUCUUCGAAAUCAACGCCGCCAACGGCUCCAAAGUCGCCUCCUCCCUCGGCUCCGCCCACGCCCUCGCCUUCGAAGGCGACGUCACGAAACUCGACCACUGGCAAUCCGCCGUCCAGACCUGCAUCGAGAAACUCGGCGGUCUGGAUAUCGUCGUCAAUAACGCGGGAGUCGUGCAUAACGCGCAGGCUUCGACUGAGGUGCCCGAGGCGGAAUAUGAGCGGAUCAUGAAGAUUAAUGUUUCCCCCCUCUACCAGUCUGCCAAAGCCGUGCACCCGCAUUUCAAGAAGCAGGGGCAUGGGGUGUUCGUCAACAUCUCCUCCAUCUCCGCCCCGCGCCCCCGUCCAAACCUCGUCUGGUACGCUGGCUCCAAAGGCGCGGUAUCAGCCGUCACGAAAGGGCUAGCAGCGGAGUUCGCAAAGGACGGCAUCAGGUGCAAUGCCAUCUGUCCCGUAGCGGCGGAUACGGGGAUGAUGGCGUCGGUGCUUGGGGGAACUGAUACGGAGGAGGGGAGGGCGGUGGUGAUGAAGGGGAUUCCGCUGGGGAGGGUGGCGAAUGCGGUGGACGUGGGGAAUGCGGCGUGUUUUUUGGCGAGCGAGGAGGCGGGGUUUAUUACGGGGAUUGAAUUGCCUGUUGAUGGGGGUAGGGCGUUGCAGUAG